AUGCAACAAGAAUCUGCCAGAGUCGACCCAGAUUGUGCGAUAUCCGUCACCGAUUCGAACGCCGCCAACCUCGACAGUGAUGACGAAGUAGGGGAGCCCUUUCCCCUCUCCUGCAAGUGCGUCAAGAGCUACAUGCACAAGAUCAACAUUGACUGGCCCCGUAUUGCUGCUGGCAUAAUAGUGCUACUUUUCAGCCUAGCCUUUCUGUAUUUGGGACACCAGAAAAGGAAGCUCAUCAGGCUCAAAGAACAAUACUUCAAGCAAAAUGGCAGCUUGCUUUUGCAACAACGAUUAUAUGAACGUGACAGAACCGCAAAAGCUGCGAAGAUCUACAGCGCCGAAGAGCUAGAGAAGGCCACCGACAAUUUUGACGAGAGCAGAAGAGUCGGGCAAGGAGGGUGCGGUACCGUUUACAAAGGGUCGUUGCCUAAUGAUACGGUAGUUGCGAUUAAGAAGUCCAAGCUCGUGGAACAAAGCCAAAUCGAACGGUUCAUCAAUGAAGUCAUUGUGCUUUCUCAAGUUAACAAUUGUAACGUGAUCCAGCUUUUGGGAUGUUAUUUGGAAACGAAGGUGCCUUUAUUGGUGUAUGAGUUCGUCGACAAUGGAACUCUGUUCGACCACAUCCUCAACCCCAACAAAUCAUCAAAGCUGUCCUGGGAGACCCGAUCAAGGAUCGCUUCGAAAAUUGCCGGAGUCCUAUCGUACUUGCACUCCACGGCUUCCACUCCCAUUAUCCAUCAAGAUGUCAAGUGGGCAAACAUCCUUUUGGAUGCUAACUACACCGCGAAAGUCUCCGACUUUGAAGCUUCAAGAUUAGUCCCGCUUGAUGAAACGCAAUUAUCCACUUUGGUCUAG